AUGGGCAAAGGCAAAAAUAAGAAUAAAGGGGAUAGAGAGGAUAGAGGUGGACAUCAUAGAUCAGGGCAUCAUCAUAGUGCGUACCAUAAUAGAAAGCAGGAAGUUAAAUAUGGAAAACGGAAGUGUAACUUUAAGUGCAAGCUAGCGAUGUGGGAUUUCGGGCAUUGCGAUCCAAAAAAAUGCAGUGGAAAGAAAAUGGAAAGAUUAGGAUUAAUUACAAAUCUUCGUGUGGGCCAGAAGUUCCCGGGCAUUGUGGUUACACCGAAUGCUAAAAGUGUAAUAUGUCCAAACGAUAGAGAUAUAGUAUUAAAGGAUGGAAUAUCAGUGGUGGAGUGUUCAUGGGCACGCUUAGAUGAGGUUCCAUUCAAAAGAAUAGGAGGAAAACAUGAGAGGCUUCUUCCGUAUCUUGUUGCUGCGAAUCCCAUUAACUACGGUAAGCCACUCAAGUUGAAUUGUGUUGAAGCAAUCGCUGCUUGUCUCGCUAUUGUGGGGAGUGAGGAUCUUGCACUGGAAUUGUUAAAGCAUUUUUCGUGGGGUCCCGUCUUUCUUUCGGAAAAUAGAGAGUUGAUCCAUUUGUACCAGCAGUGUACGGAUGAAGAGUCUGUUCUGGGAGCUCAGCGAAAGUAUAUGGAGGCUGUGGAGAAGCAAAGAGAACUAAGACAUGAGAUGAGUAAAACGGUGGAUGUCUGGGCUUUAGGAAACCCCAAUCAUGGCAGUGGAAAUGUGCUUGAUAACGAACUACAGAACGAGGAAGGAGUAGUGAAGAACAAUGAAGAUUUGGAAGCUGCAGUUUCGGAUUCUACCUCAACGAAUAAUGACAAACAUGGUGAUCUAUUAUUGGACGAGGGUAAACGGGAGGCAUCUCAAGGUGAAGUGGUACCAGAUGAUGCCACAAGUACACCGCCACUUGCUGAAGUCCGAAAAGAGCAAUUAGACGCCGAGCAGGAGGUGAACUUGAAAAUGGCACACAUAUCGCUUGAAAACUAA